UCUUUAGGUUCUCAGUUGCCACAAACAUAUAUAAAAGGAGUCCCUCUCAGCUCAAUUUAUCUCUCUUUCGGUGCCAGAGCAGAGGGAAACGCGGCUAAGGACAGCUCCAUUUCUAGAUCUACGCACUCAAUUCUCCGAUCGCCGAUCUCCGUUAUACAGAGAUGGGGCUGUCUUUCGGCAAACUUUUCAGUCGCCUUUUUGCUAAGAAAGAAAUGCGUAUUCUUAUGGUUGGUCUUGAUGCUGCUGGUAAAACCACAAUUCUCUACAAGCUCAAGUUGGGGGAAAUUGUUACCACUAUCCCUACUAUUGGUUUCAACGUGGAGACUGUUGAAUACAAGAACAUCAGCUUUACUGUGUGGGAUGUUGGAGGUCAAGACAAGAUUCGACCACUAUGGAGGCAUUAUUUCCAGAACACACAAGGCCUCAUCUUUGUGGUUGAUAGCAAUGACCGAGACCGUGUAGUUGAGGCAAGGGAUGAGCUUCAUAGGAUGUUAAAUGAGGAUGAAUUGAGAGAGGCUGUGCUGCUUGUUUUUGCAAACAAACAAGAUCUUCCAAAUGCAAUGAAUGCAGCUGAAAUCACCGAUAAGCUUGGCCUUCAUUCUCUUCGACAACGACACUGGUAUAUCCAAAGUACGUGUGCCACUUCUGGAGAAGGGUUGUAUGAAGGACUAGAUUGGCUUUCGAACAAUAUUUCAAACAAGGCAUAGGGCAUCCCAUGAGGUUGCACUCCAGCCCACGUUCCUUAAUUUGGAGUACAGAUGUUAAACACCAUAGCUUUUAUCAUUAUCUCUUAGUUUGGUGGUUUAGACUUCUGUUUCAUAUCUGUGGUCAUAGAAGUGAUUAAACUCUGAAAAUCACCCACCUUUCUUUCAUUUUUUGUUUUCUUAUUAAUGAAAUUUCAUUGUCAACAAUACUUGUGGGUCAGCUACCACAUUGCUGGAUGUGCUCAUUUGUAAUGUGAAAACACUAGUACAAUAUUGGCUUUUGUAUCCUAGUGGAGCUACUUUAACCAUCUUGAUGUCUUUGUUA